UAUUGACGGAGAGAAAGGAGGAGUUAAAUUUAUUUAAAAAAAUGGAGGAAGAAAUAAAGAAGAACGAAGAAGCUGCUAUUUUAGUGGAUAAUUGUAAUAAUAAAAAAGGUUCUCAUUUUUUAAAAUAUAACAAUUUUGUUGAAGAAGGCGAUACAGUUAUUAUUUAUGUUAAUCCUGGUACUAAAUAUUCUAUCGUUGUUAAAAGAGGCAAAACUAUACACAUGAAAUAUGGUGCUUUAAGACAUGAAUUUUUAAUUGGAAAACGUUAUGGAACACCAAUAUCUGCCACAGCCGGUUACGUUUACAUUUUACGCCCUUCCCCGCAUUUAUGGACUCAAACAUGUCCAAAACGUACCCAAAUUUUGUAUACUCCAGAUAUUGGAACAAUAAUUUUACUUUUGGAUAUUAAACCUGGUUCUAUUGUUUGUGAGACGGGGACAGGAAGUGGAUCUCUAACUCAUGCUUUAGCAACAACUGUUGGACCGAAAGGAAAAGUCUAUUCUUAUGAUAUUGAGGCUGAACGUGUUGAGGCUGUUAAAGCAGAGAUUGAGACUCACGGACUUUCCUCAAUCGUUUCCAUAAAUUGCCACAACAGUUGCUCCAACAAUGGUUUCCCUCCUGAAAUUUCUAAUAAAUGUGAUGCUUUAUUUCUUGAUUUACCUUCUCCAUGGCUGGCUGUACAAGCUUGUGUUGAAGCUUUAAAUCCAAAUAAAUUUGGCCGUCUAGUUUCUUUUUCUCCAUGUAUUGAACAAGUCCAACAAAUGGCACAAACAUUAGAGAAGAAUGGAUUUAUUAGUAUCGAAACUAUUGAAAUUGUUCCAAGGAAAUUAAAGGUUAUCAAUGUCGAAUCUGAAACUUUGGCUGAAACAGCAUUACUUGGAUCCAAUUUACCUAUAAACUAUAAAGGAAUUGAGGAAAAUACUUUGAAUAAACAACAAAAUAAAACUCGUAGAAAUAAUAAAAGAAAACGUCCAAAAUGGGCAGAAGGAAAUGAUCAAGAAGAGACAAAUGGAGAAGAAAAUUCAAAAAAAGAAAUUAUAUUUGAUACAAUUCCAUUUCCAACAAAUCAACCUACACAUACAGGUUAUUUAACUUCAGCUACUUUAUUACCUAAACAACAACGUGCUUAGAGAAGUUGGGUUGUUUAUAAGCUAACAAUACGUGUUCAGUUAGCUGGUCCCCCUUUGCUUCUUCAAAUUGUUCCCCUCCCCCCUUCGCUUCCACCCCAUCCUUCCUUUUUUUUAUUUUUAGUUAUUCUACUUUGUUUUUUCUGCCUACCUAUUUCAACACC